UUUCUUGUUAGUUAAUUACUUAUAACAGACAAUUUUGCACUUAGCAUGGCAGCAUAUUGAUGUUGCUGAUAAUCUGUUAAUCAUAAAAGAAAGUAUUAAUGUUUGAUUGUUGGAUCAAUUUUCCUGAGAAAUUUUUCCACAAUGGCCUUAACUCUGAGCAAUUCCAUUGUUCCAUUAUCCCCUUUUAUUACUCGUAACGAAUCUCAUAGGGUGCAUUCACGUGUUCUUGUGAGGGUUGUAGGUAGUGAGGAUUCAGGAACGGUAUCAUGGGAAUCAGUCAGGAAUAAUGGUGCUUCUUCUGUUAAUAGGAAAGGUAUUGGUGUAGCAUCUUAUGAAGAUAUAGGAAGACAGGAUGGGGGAAAUGUACUUGAAGUGUUGGAACCUUUGUGGGAUGAUGGCUUUGGGACUUAUACCGUGAAGGAUUGCAUUGAUUUAAUUACUAGGGAUUUGAUCAAGAGUGAUGGAGGUUCACCUACGUGGUUCUGCCCUGUCAGAAUUGGCAAACCAUUAAAGGAUUCGCCUGUUCUUUUGUAUUUACCUGGAAUCGAUGGAACUGGAGCUGGCCUGACUGCGCAUGAGAAAUCUCUUGGAAAGGUUUUUCACAUUCAGUGCUUGCAUAUUCCUGUUUUCGAUCGUACACCAUUGGAAGGUUUAAUUCAAAUUGUGGAAGAAACUGUGAUGAUUGAGCAUACUUUAUCCCCAAAGAAGCCAAUUUAUUUGCUUGGAGAUUCGUUUGGAGGAGCCUUGGCACUCGCAGUCGCUGCUCGCAAUCCUACAAUUGACUUAAUGCUGGUACUAGUAAACCCAGCAACUUCAUAUGAGAAUUCAUCAUUGCACACUCUAUCAUACCUUGUGAGGGCUUUUCCUGAGGAAUAUCAUCGGAUGUUGUCUUACGCCAUGAACCCCCUACUUGGUGAUUAUAUGAAGACAGAGAUGGUUACAAUUGACGGUGGACAUUAUUUGCAAUCUGGUUGGCAAUUGCCUAGAAAUCAUAGUAAAGAUCUACCACUUCUUUUUGAGGUGGCCAGGAUAUUACCCAAAGACACUCUUAAUUGGAGAUUAAAACUAGUUGAAUCAGCUGCUGCUUAUGUGAAUUCUCGUCUGCAUGCUGUUACAGCCCAAGUACUAGUGCUUGCUAGUGGCAAGGAUAAUGUAAUGCCUAGCAAAAAGGAAGGCCAAAGGCUUUCAAGAUUAUUAAAGCACUGUCAUAUACGUGUGUUUGAGGACAACGGGCACACACUCCUUUCGGAGAAUGGUGUUAACGUGCUUUCAGCUAUUAAAGCUACUCAGAUGUACCGUCGCUUUUCGAAGCAUGAUAUCUUAAAAGACUUUUUGCCUCUUAGUAUCUCAGAUUUUAAACACUCACCGGUAGAGACUUGGUGGUACCGCCUUUUGCUAGGUUCAGCAGUGUUCUCAACAAUGGAGGACGGAAAGGUAGUGAGAGGUCUUGCAGGGAUUCCAGAUGAAGGCCCUGUAAUAAUCGUUGGUAAUCAUAUGCUAUUGGCAUUUGAUGUUAUUCCUGUUGUUUCGGAAUAUCUGAGACAAAAGAAGAUUGUGCUUCAUGGUUUAGCCCACCCAGAACUUUUUCAUUUCGGUCCUGAACAUGAAUAUUUUAUGGUUGCCUUUACUGACAUACUGAAGGUAGGUGGGUCAAUUCCAGUAUCUGGAAAAAACCUUUUCAGAUUGUUAGCAAGAAAGUCGCACGUAUUACUUUACCCUGGUGGUUUCCGUGAGAGUCUCCAUCGUAAGGGGGAAGCUGGCAAGUUAUUUUGGCCUGAUAAACCAGAAUUUGUAAAAAUGGCAGUGAAAUUCGGGGCCACUAUUGUUCCAUUUGGUGGAGUUGGAAUAGAUGAGAUAUCGGAAAUAAUCAUCGAUUAUAACGAUAUGCAGAGAUACCCUUUUCUCGGCCAGAAGGUGAAAGAAUUUAAUCAAGGGAGAACAAACUUGAGGGCGGAGAUGGCAGGAGAGGUUUCAAAACAACCAAUUCAUAUACCGAUCACUUUCCCCAAGAUACCUGGCCGACUCUAUUUUAUGUUUGGGAAGCCUAUACGAAUGAAAGGGAAGGAAAAUAUGUCCAAUGACGAAGAGUAUUUGCAAGAAUUAUACUCGCAGUUAAGAUGUGAUGUCGAAUGUAUUAUAAGUUACUUGUUAAAGAAGCGCGAGGAGGAUCCAUAUAGAGGUAUUGUUAAGAGGAUCUUGUCGCAAUCAUAUAAUACUUCUAUAGAUCAGAUUCCAUCAUUCGAGCCAUGAAGUUAUCCAAAUAUAUUGCAUAUUGUUUCCAGUUUGGUUUAGGCCAUCAAAUGUAUUAUUACUUAUCAAAGUUAUAGCUUCAUCUUUUUCUCGUCAAUUUAUAAGUAUGUGAAAGUUUUUGAUAA